GGAUCAAAUUGUUGAGAACUGUUGGUUCAACUAUUUGGUACGAACUUUCUCGUUUUUCAUUUAGUUGGGAAAUGAAUUGGUAGGAAAAAUAUUCGUCAUUGAAAUUCUUUUCUUCACUCCCGAGGUGAUUCACCCUCCAAGUGCUUUCUCUCUCUACCUACGUGUGUACACGUAGCGAUCUCUCGCUUGAAAGCCGGUUGCAACUUGCAAUUAUGGAUUGCUGACUCACUUUCUUUCUCUAAUUUUGCCGUUUUACGAAUAAUACAGUAGAGCCGGCCGUUCGCCGUUUUUACAACUCAAAACCAGGUUGUAAACCUCUGCCUUCUCUUUCAGAUUUUUUUAUACUGAAAAAGUUAUGAAAAGAGCAAAAUUUGACAUAUUAUUUUCGCUGAGCCGUCGGCGGUCAGUUCAGGUUCUGAUUUUUAUUGGGAUACUAUACAUUUUUUUGGUGAGUUUUGAAUUUCCCUUCAUUUUCGAAUAUGGGUUUGACUCUGUUUCUCAAGAGGGAUUUUCUGGUAAGAGUAAUGGGCUUCCUAAGUCCAACUCCAUGUUAGAGAGCGAGGAAAAUUUGGAUGAAAAAGAUGCCCGCAAUCGCCCGCUUGAUGUUCCAUAUCAGUCUAAACCCGAAAGAAGAAAUAAAGAGUUGGUUAAAUCCCGGGUGUCGAGCUUGAAUUUGAGUGCAGGGACCGAAUGGUCAAGCUCGGAAAAUGGGAUUUUGAAGUCUGCUAGAGAGGCUGUUAAAAUUGGGGAAAAACUUUGGCAAGAGCUCGAGUUGUUCGGGAAAAAUAGAGGCAGCAGUAUUAAUAAUACAAAUGGUAGUAAUAAUAGUAAUAAAAGUGAGGAGUGCCCACAAUAUUUGUCUAUAUCUGCCGAUGUUAUCUGGAAGAAUGAGAGAGUGAUGGUUUUGCCAUGUGGGUUGACGUUGGGAUCGCAUAUUACUGUGGUCGGAAAGCCGAGGGUGGCACAUAUGGAGACUGACCCGAAGAUUUCUCUGUUGAAGGAGGGGCAAUAUGCGAUGGUUUCGCAGUUUAUGAUGGAGUUGCAGGGGUUGAAAACGGUGGACGGGGAGGACCCACCAAGGAUUCUGCAUUUUAAUCCCCGGUUAAAGGGCGAUUGGAGUGGGAAACCUGUGAUUGAGCAUAACACUUGUUAUAGGAUGCAGUGGGGGACAGCACAGCGGUGCGAGGGGUGGAAGUCCCGGGAUGAUGAUGAGUCUGUUGAUGGCUUGCCAAAAUGUGAAAAGUGGAGUAGAGAUGAGAAUGAUGGCUCGGAGCAAUCAAAAGCUACAUGGUGGUUAAAUCGAUUAAUUGGGCGAACAAAGAAGGUUUCUAUUGAUUGGCCAUUUCCAUUCACAGAAGACAAGUUAUUUGUCCUUACACUUAGUGCUGGCUUGGAGGGUUACCAUGUCCAAGUUGAUGGGAGGCACGUCACCUCCUUUCCGUAUCGCAUUGGGUUUGCGCUUGAGGAUGCCACUGGACUAUAUUUGAAUGGGGACAUUGAUGUCCAUUCUAUUUUUGCCGCUUCCUUGCCCGCCUCACAUCCCAGUUUUGCUCCUCAGAAACAUCUUGACAUGGAUAACAGAUGGAAGGCUCCACCUAUUCCAGAUGGGCCUGUUGAACUGUUUGUUGGUAUUCUUUCAGCAGGCAACCACUUCGCUGAAAGAAUGGCCGUGAGGAAGUCUUGGAUGCAGCAUAAGCUAAUCAUAUCUUCCAACGUUGUUGCUCGUUUCUUUGUAGCACUGCAUGCAAGAAAAGAAGUGAAUGUGGAAUUAAAAAAUGAAGCUGAGUUCUUUGGUGACAUUGUCAUAGUACCAUACAUGGACAACUAUGACCUUGUCAUCUUGAAAACUGUUGCCAUCUGUGAAUAUGGGGUUAAAGCAGCAUCUUCCAAGUAUAUUAUGAAGGGUGAUGAUGACACAUUUGUGAGGGUGGAUGCAGUUGUUGAGGAAGCAAGGAAAAUAUCUGAGAACAAGAGCUUGUACAUUGGAAAUAUAAAUUACUAUCAUAAGCCCCUACGCAGCGGUAAAUGGGCAGUGACGUAUGAGGAAUGGCCAGAGGAAAAUUAUCCACCAUAUGCUAAUGGGCCGGGCUACAUUAUCUCAUCAGACAUUGCAAGCUAUAUAGUUUCAGAGUUCGAGAAGCGUAGAUUAAGGUUGUUUAAAAUGGAGGACGUGAGCAUGGGAAUGUGGGUGGAGAAAUUUAAUAGCUCGAGACCUGUAGAGUACGUACAUAGCUUGAAGUUCUGCCAGUUUGGAUGUAUACAAGAUUAUAUUACGGCUCACUACCAGUCUCCGAGGCAGAUGAUCUGUAUGUGGAACAAAUUGCAGCCGCUGGGCUGGCCUGUAUGCUGCAACAUGAGAUGAUCCUUGAGACUACGCGUAAUGUAAAGAUCAUAGGACCCGUGGAACUGAGAUGAACAAAUUUUGCAGUGAUCAAAGGUACCUUGUAGAUCUUACGAAUCGUGUAUAUACAUCUGGAGCUGUAUAGGCUUCAUAAGAUUCGGUUUUCUCUGAAAGUGUCGUCUAGUUUCAUCUUACUGAUGGAAAAGAUGUUAGGGGUAAAUAGAAUCAUAGCAGCAAGCGAAAAGGAGUAUAAAAUUACAGAUUUUUCUGUUUAGUUUUCUCUUGUUAGCCUUAAUGCACUCUUCAUCUGUACAUAAAAUUAUUCCCCCCGUUAAAGAAUUGGAAUUUCAGGCUUUUUUUU